AUGUUUACAGCCAAAAGAUCAAUUGCCCCAUUGACUUCAUCAAUCUUUAAAAGAAACAUGAUCACCGCCCAAGCCGUGCUUUAUUCCGAACAUGGAGAGCCCUCGAAUGUAUUGUUCACUCAAAAAUUCUCCAUUGAUGACGACAAUUUAAAAUCAGAUCAAAUUGUUGUGAAAACAUUGGCAUCUCCCAUCAAUCCAUCGGAUAUCAAUCAAAUCCAAGGUGUUUACCCAUCAAAACCAGAAAAGACGUUAAAUUUUGGCACCGACAAACCAGCAGCUCCUUGUGGGAACGAAGGUGUAUUUCAAGUAUUGAAAGUGGGUGACGGAGUAUCCGAUUUUGCCGUUGGAGACUGGGUGAUUCCUAGUCAAGUCAAUUUUGGUACCUGGAGAACUCAUGCAUUGGGUGCAUCAUCCGACUUUAUUAAAUUGCCCAAUCCAGAGCAAUCAAUAUCAAAUGGAAAGAAACAAGGCUUGAGCAUAAAUCAAGCAGCAACUAUUUCGGUGAAUCCGUUGACAGCAUACCUCAUGUUGACCCAUUACGUGAAAUUGACCCCAGGUAAAGAUUGGUUUAUUCAAAAUGGAGGAAACUCUGCCGUGGGUAAGUACGCUUCACAGGUUGCCAAAUUGUUGAACUUUAAUUCAAUUUCGGUUAUUAGAGAUAGACCUAAUUUGGAUGAAGUCAAGAAGGAGUUACAAGAAUUAGGUGCCACCCAGGUCAUCACUGAGGAAGACAAUGCAUCAAAAGAGUUUGGUGGCCAUGUUAAAUCCUGGGUCAAGGAAACCGGUGGUGAAGUCAAAUUAGCUUUAAAUUGUGUUGGAGGAAAGUCGUCAGCUGGUAUUGCUAGAAAAUUAAACAAUAAUGGAUUGAUGUUGACAUAUGGAGGAAUGUCCAUGCAACCGGUCACCAUACCAACUUCAUUAUACAUUUUCAAAAACUUUACCAGUGCUGGAUUUUGGGUUACUGAAUUGUUAAAAAAAAAUCAAGAGUUGAAGUUGAAGACGUUAGGUCAAAUCAUAGAAUGGUAUGAAAACGGUCAGUUAAAGGAUGCUCCUAGUAACCAUGUUGAGUUCGAUGGUAACGACUUGGCCAAAUUGUACCAACAAGGAAUUGUUGAUUCGAAGGGAGGUAAGCAGUUGAUUACUUAUAGGUAA